CGACCGCCUCGCUGUCCCGCCGGGGGCGGGGGUCGGGAUGGCGGCGUCCCACAGGGCCGCGCCCUGCCCGGGGAUACGGAGUCCCGGGGGCCGUGCCCCCUUCCGCAGCACCCCCGCAGGCGCGGACGGGGCGGGGAGAAACCCGACCCUCGCCGCCUGGGAAGGGAGAGGGGCUGCCGCUGCGCGGGAGGAAGCGGCGCGGCCGAGCGACUCCUCCACCGUCCGAAGGGGACGCCCCCAGCCCGGCCAGCGCGGGGGCCGCCCGGCCCGGCCCGGGCCCAGCCCGCCGGUGGCAGAGGCAGCGCAGGGCGCGGGCUGCCGCCGUCCCGGGGCGGGGCGGGGCAGGGCGGGGUCGCGGAGCGAGGCGGGAGGCCGGCGCCGGGCGCCCGUCUGCCUGCGGCCGGCCGGAGCCAUGCGGAGCUGCGGGAGGGCGAGGGGGGCUGCGGGCUGGGCCGCCCCGCUGCUCCUGCUGUGGCAGUGCCUGCCGACGGCGCGGGCCUACAACCUGGACACCCAGCACCCGCUGCUCUUCCGGGGAGGCAACGGGACCCUCUUCGGGUACUCGGUUCUCCUGCACCGCCACGGCGAGGAGCGAUGGCUCGUGGCGGGCGCCCCGCGGGCCAGCUGGCCCGCCAACAGCUCGGUGGCCAACCCCGGGGCCAUUUUCCGGUGCCGGAUCGGGAGGAACCCCCGCGGGCGGUGCGAGCAGCUCCAGCUGGGAAACCCCAAUGGAGAACGCUGUGGGAAGACUUGUUUGGAAGAGCGUGAUAAUCAGUGGCUGGGUGUCAGCUUGUCGAGGCAGCCAAAAGAAAAUGGAUCUAUCAUUGCUUGUGGACAUAGGUGGAAAAAUAUCUUUUACAUAAAAAAUGAACACAAACUCCCAUACGGUAUUUGUUUUGCCAUCUCUUCUGAUUUUCGAACUGAACUGAGCAGAAGAAUAUGCCCAUGCUAUAUAGAUCAUGUGCGAAAGUUUGGAGAAAACCAUGGGUCAUGCCAGGCUGGAAUGUCUAGUUUUUACAUUGAGGACUUAAUUAUAAUGGGAGCCCCUGGAUCGUUUUAUUGGACUGGUUCUGUUUUUGUAUACAAUACAACUGCAAAUACAAUCCAUGCUUAUACAGAUUCAAAUAACCAAGUGAAAUUUGGCAGUUAUCUAGGAUACUCUGUUGGAGCUGGACAUUUUCUGACACCAGCCAGUAUAGAAGUAAUUGGAGGGGCUCCCCAACAGGAGCAGACUGGUAAAGCAUACAUUUUUAGCAUUGAGAAGCAACUAAAUAUUCUAUUUGAACUAAGGGGUAAAAAGCUUGGUUCUUACUUUGGAGCUGCAGUUUGUGCUGUGGACCUGAAUUCAGAUGGCCUCUCAGACUUGCUAGUUGGUGCUCCAAUGCAAAGUACCAUCAGAGAAGAAGGAAGAGUUUAUGUCUAUAUCAAUUCAGGUUCUGAGGCAAGGAUGGUAGAACUGAAUGUGGAGCUCAGCGGGAGUGACUCAUAUGCAGCCAGGUUUGGAGAGUCCAUAGCCAAUCUAGGAGACAUAGAUAAUGAUGGUUUUGAAGAUGUAGCAAUUGGGGCUCCACAAGAAGAUAAUCUAAAAGGGGUUAUUUAUAUAUACAAUGGCAGGGAAGAUGGCAUAACGCCAUCAUUUUCACAGAGAAUACAAGGACAUGAAGUCAGUAAUUCUUUAAGCAUGUUUGGACAAUCCAUAGCAAGUGGCAUCGAUGCAGAUAACAAUGGUUAUCAAGAUGUAGCAGUUGGUGCAUUUCUCUCCAAUUCUGCUGUGGUGCUGAGAACAAAACCAGUGAUAAUUGUUGAAGCUUCUUUAAAACAUCCUAAUUCAAUAAAUCGAACUAAUUUAAACUGCAUGGAAAAUGACCAGCCUGCCAUCUGUAUGAAUUUGAAGAUAUGCUUUGCCUAUACAGGACGAGAGGUACCUGGUUAUAUUGUACUGCUUUAUAAUCUGAGUGUUGACGUGAAUAGAAAAGUGGAUACACAAGCAAGAUUUUAUUUUUCCUCCAAUGGAACAUCUGAUAAAAUCUCAGGAAAUGUGAAGAUUUACAGCAAGAAUAUUGCCUGCAAAGAUCAUCCAGCAUUUAUGAGGAAAGAUGUAAGGGAUAUCUUGACUCCUGUACACGUUGAAGCAAGUUAUCAUCUGGGGCAUCAUAUUCUACAGAAAAGAAAUGCUCAAGAAUUUUCACCACUUCAACCCGUUCUUCAGCGGAGGAAAGAAAAAGAUGUUAUAAAAAGCAAGUUUGUUUUUGCAAGAUUUUGCUCCCAAGAAAAUUGUUCUGCUGACUUGAGCGUUUCUGGAAAAGUUGCUUUUCCAAAGCCUCACGAUAAGAAAACAUAUCUCGCUGUUGGAAGUAUGAAGACUUUAUUGUUGAACGUUUCUCUGCUUAAUGUUGGAGAUGAUGCAUAUGAAACUGUCCUCCACAUUCAAAUCCCUAGAGGUCUUUAUUUCGUCCGAGUUUUAGAAUUGGAAGAAAAACAGAUAUAUUGUGAAGUAUUAGAUAAAGAAAUUCAUGCCAUGAAACUUGAGUGCAGCGUUGGUUAUUUAUAUGUAGAUCAAAAAUCAAAGCUGGAUUUUAGUUUCCUCUUGGAUGCAAGCUCAUUUACCAGAGCAGAAGAUGACCUCAACAUCAUCAUUAAUGCUACCUGUAAAAAUGAAGAUGGGAACAUGUUGCUGGAUAACAUGCUAACUUUAGCUGUACCUCUAAAAUAUGAGAUCGAGUUAAAUGCUCAUGGAUUCGUAUCACCAGCUUCGUUUGUUUAUGGAACAAAUGAGAAAGAUUCACCAGUUACAUGUAUGAAGGAGAAUAUCAACUUCACUUUCCAUGUUAUCAGUGCAGGACCAAACAUGGCUCCAAAUACAAACUUAGAGAUAAUGAUACCUAAUGCUUUUCCACCCAAUGACUUCAAAUUAUUCAACACAUUGGAUAUCAAGACAACAGUUGGACAGUGCUUCUAUAACAAAUAUCCCAGAAACUGUAGUCCAGCAGAAAAAAAUGAAAACAUAUUAAAGGAUGUUGUCACUUUCUUUUCAAAGCCUGCUAAGAGACAAAUGUACUGCAUGAAAAAUGAUAGCCUUUGCUUACAAAUAUAUUGCAAGCUUGGAAACAUGGAAAGUGGAAAAGAAGCAACUGUUCAGUUGCAUCUGGAGGCUACUCCUUCACUUUUAGAAAUGGAUGAUGCAUCAGCAUUGAAGUUUGAAGUAAGAGCAACAGCCUCACCAGAAAAAAAUCCAAAAGUUAUUGAACUACACAAGGACAAGCAAGUUGCAUAUGUCUAUUUGGAAGGAGUGCACCACCAGAAGCCAAAAUACCGUGUUACUGUGCUAAUUAUUGGAAUAGGCUUAAUAGUUGGUGUUACCUUGUUUUUGCUUCUUUCAUUUGUACUAUGGAAGAUUGGCUUUUUCAAAAGGCAAUACAAACCAGUCCCUCAAGACAAGAACAGAAGAGACAGCUGGAGUUUUACAAGUGGGAACAAAGAUGACUAAGAUGGCAAAUAAAUGUUUGAUUUUAAAAUGAAGAAUUUAAGAUUCAGGUUAAUUCCCAGGAGAAGCAUCAGUAACAAGAAAACUGGUCUUGAGCUCACUCGCUCCUACAAAAUACACGUUACUUCCUUGAACUGCAUGGAGGACUAUACCUUAAAAGUACUGUUGUUUUUCUAAUAUGAAAAUGGUAAAACAGUUUGCUUUGAAGUCUCACAGUAGUAUUUGAAAUGCCAUAUAUAUAUCUGGUUUCAAACAGACAGAAGAACACUAAAGAUAAAGAGAAGAAGAAUUACUUACCAGAACGAAGAAUUUCUAGAAAGUAAUAAUGUUUGGCCAAUCCUGGAAAAUAAGAUCUCAAACAGAUUAGCAUGAGUUAUUCUAUUCAUUUUCAAGUUUCAAUAAUAUUUUGAUUAAACAUUUAAGAAGAAAUCCUCCCUCAUCUUGCUUUGGCAGUUUUACAAGGGUAAAUUAGCUUAAACCAAUAGAAGGACCGUAAGUACAGCACACGGAUGUAGAAAACAGCUAUCAGAAACUCUCUUGGGCUUCUGAAGGUAACCUUGUAAGCUUUGGCUUCACAGGCACAGCCACAACACUGCAGAGACUUAGACACCCAGGCAAGCCAGAACCAGGAAGGUCAAAGGUGGAUUCAGAGCAGGGAAUUCUGUGGGCUAGCCUGGAGCUGCAGCACAGAAUCCUCUCUCAGCUGUAGAAAGAGUAGUGUACUGGAGAUUAUAAUUUGUAGCCAUCUUUAACAUGGUAUUUGCAAGCAUGAGAGAAUUAGUUGUUUCAUCCUUUCCUCGGAUAUUGCUGCCAUGAUAUUUUGGACUUUUCCAAUGAAGUAUUUCUAUGUGGGGUUUUUUAAAGCAAGUAUUUAUUUUUAUUUAUUUGAAGAUUUUUCUAUAGUACUUAACAUAGUAGUAUUUAGUACUGGCAUUCUUCCACAACCUGAAAAAAAAAAAACCAACCCAACUUCACAUGAUGACCAGAGAAAGACAUACCCAAAGACUCCAAAUGCCAACCUUACUGGGCCAAAUUUUAUCUUCAGGUAUGCCACCCUUUACCUGAAAGUACUUAAUAAGGGAGUCAUUUGGAGAGCUAACUUGGGUUCUUGUGAAGUUGUCAGGUAAAUACCAUCCAAACAGGCAUCCUCAGAAGCCACUCAGCAGAAAGACAAAUGACUGAAUAGAAACAUGGUUCAAACCACUGCUCUGCUACUACAGGAAGUUUCUUCAGCUAGAUAAGUUUGCACUGCCACCUAGCUUUGGCAAAAUAGUACAAUCCAGGGGAAAAAAAAAAAAAUGUUACUUUGCUCCCCAGUACAACUGGACAAUGUACAAUUUCUUCAAUAACUGAAUUUAUUGCAACAGCAGUAUGCAAUAUGGCCUUUCUUGCCAUGCCCUUGAGGUCUUUCUGAACUGCAAGGAGAAAUGAAUGUAAUACAUACAUACACUUUCAAGCUGCACCCUCAUACGGGAAUUAGCCUGAGACUCAAAAGCAAUACAGAGUGCCCUCAACAAGCACUUUUGCUAUUAGAGUGUUUGGUGCCAUAAAAGCCAUGUUGUCCACAGAUUCUAAAGAUAUUGGGGACCAUUUUGUAAUUUCCUUUUGCUUCAUUUGAUGCCAAAGAUAUGGAUCACUCUCAAGUAAAUUUCUCUCUCAAAUCUUCUGCAGUGUAAGGACAAACGAAUGUGCAUAUAUUUAAAAAAAAAAAAAAAAUCAAAAUAAAGUAUGUGAAGGAUGAAAUAUUUUCUUGCAAGUCUAUGAAAAUAUACACAAAAUGCUUAUCUUCCAAAUGGCUUUAGUGAAUUUUUGCACUUUAACCAAGAUACUCUGAACAGAAAAUUAAUUUGAUAUUUGAUAUUGUGAAACAUAUACCUCAAAUACUGGAAGAAGCAUUAACACUCUUUUUAGUACAAACAAUGCAAAGAAGUGAAACUAAAGCAUUUUGUUUAUCUUUGAAAUAGUUUACAUAAGUAAGUCAGUACAUGUGAUAAUGUUGCCUUGGAAAUUGUAUACUUCCCAUUCAGAUUUUAUUAUUAACAUGUAAAAGUUGGCUGCCUGUUCUUAGGAUAUGAAGCAAAAUUUAAUUACCCUUUAUAAAUCAGAUUGACAAAAAAAUGAAUGUACAAUGUCCUGGUGGUGGCAAGGUUAUAAAGUAUCACUCCAUUUUAUUAAAAAGAACCCCAACAAGUUAAGCACAUGAAUGCUGUUUCUUCUGCAAGUUCAAUUAUUUUGUUAAUUUUCAGUUAUGUAAUAAAACCUGUUAAAUCUA